CCCCGGAACGGAGUGUAUUCGUCAAAGUCUUCUCUCAAUUCCUCACACUACUUCUGUCUCUCGCCAAAAUCAGAGACUUGAAAACCCUUGUUUUUCUUUCUCGCAUCCCAAGCAUUCAACAAUGGCACCCUUGGGGAAGAUUCCAUUGUUGAUACUCAUCCUCGCCUUCACAUCUGCGAUGUCCUCUGUCGAAUCGAACGACGAAAGAGUAAGCGAAUUGCUCUCCCUGCAAUCUCGAUCCAAAUCGGGUAUAAUACGCCUCAACGACCAAUCCCUCUCUCGCUUCCUCACCUCCGUUCAGACCCCAAGACCCUACUCCAUCCUCCUCUUCUUCGACGCCGCUCAGCUCCACGACAAACCCGAGCUCCGCCUCACCGACCUCCGCAACGAAUUCUCCAUCGUCGCUUCCUCCUUCAUAGCCAACAACCUCAAUAACCCCUCUCACUCCAAACUCUUCUUCUGCGACAUCGAAUUCAAGGAAUCCCAAUUCACUUUCUCCCAAUUCGGCGUCAACGCCCUCCCUCACAUCCGCUUCGUGGGCCCAAAUAUGGGCUUUAAGGACUCCGAGCCAAUGGACCAGGGCGAUUUCUCCCGACUCGCUGAGUCCAUGGCCGAGUUCGUGGAAGCCAAGACCAAACUCUCCGUGGGCCCCAUCCAUCGACCACCGGUUUUCUCCAAGAACCAAAUGAUCCUUUUAGCUGUUGUUAUAGCCAUUUGGAUCCCUUUUUUCUUGAAGAAGGUAUUCGCGGGUCAGACCAUGCUCCAUGACCCGAAAAUCUGGCUCGCCGGGUCCGUUUUCGUCUACUUCUUCAGUGUUUCCGGUGCCAUGCACAACAUCAUUAGGAAGAUGCCAAUGUUUCUCGUUGACCGCAACGACCCUUCCAAACUCGUGUUUUUCUACCAGGGAUCAGGGAUGCAGCUUGGUGCUGAGGGUUUUGCUGUGGGGUUCUUGUACACUGUCGUGGGUUUGCUUCUGGCUUUUAUGACUCACGGACUCGUCAAGGUUAGGAAUUUGAGUGUGCAGAGGGUUGUUAUGAUCUUCGCGCUCUUGGUUUCCUUUUUGGCUGUGAAGCAGGUUGUUUACUUGGAUAAUUGGAAGACGGGUUAUGGGAUUCACGGGUUUUGGCCCUCUAGCUGGAAUUGAGGUUUGGUGGCAACUUACAUUACAAUUUCCUUUAUUUACUCUUCCAGGUUGAUAGUUUUGGGUCUGCUUUUCAUUUUUAAAUUUUAAAGCUUAGCAACAAUAUCUUACUUAUCGUAGAACUUUGGCUGGAAUUUGAGCAUUAGAAAGAUUUUAUAAUCUUGGGAGUGCAUUUGGUUUGGAGUUGUUGUGAUCAGUGGCGAUUGCAUGAUGCUGCAUUGCAUCUUUAAAAAAUUAUGCUACUAAAUUGAAUGUUAUAUUAGUAUGAGAUCAUUCCCAAGUUUGAUCUUCGAAUUGAGUGUGUGGGCUUGUGCUGCUGAGCAUGUGUCACAGAUAUAGGCAUUGGUCUCUAGGAUUUGGCUGGUCUGCAGAGCAGGGUAUAUCCUCGUAUGGGAAAAUCAAGGGAGUCGGUUUUCAUAAAUCCAUAUAUUCCUACCACGAUGCUUAGCUUUACAAAAAAUUGAUCCACUUCCCAUUUCAUUCCAGUAUUUACAACUUGCACUUUUGAGGAUCCUAAUCCUAUUCUCCUUAAUAUAGAUUUAACAGAACCAAAAGUUUAAGUAAUGGUAUGGUCAUACCUUGGCAUACAACAUUUGUCUGUCAUUAUCAUCAUGGCUUAUAAUUGAUUAAAAUAGUUAUUUGAUAAAUCCUUCUAUUAUUAUCAAAUCAAAGUCCCCUUUGGUUUAUCAUGAAUUAAUGGUUUUUUGUUAGAUUAAGAUACUCCUAAAAAUCUCUAGUUAAAUAUGGUCAUGUCCCAAAAACCUUCGCAAGAUUUUUGGUCCAAUAGUCAAAGUUUCUGUCCACUUUUAUGACUUAACAUAGUGAAUGGUGAUAAUUUCCAUGGUAAUGCUAGCAUCUUUUGUGAUAACACAUUGUAUUGAAUAGUGAACAAGCAGCAAUUUUUGCCUUUCUUUAGUCUGAAAAUUUCAUUACUAUUUAUUCUGUUCAUUGCAUAGCAUUAUUUUGUGAAGUUUCUUGAAAGGCCGGUGGUUUUUGGUGUUAAAUGGAAUUUUAUCAUCACUCCUCUGCUACACUGGUUUUUAAACUUAAAUGUUUUGUGCUCAGACUUUGGCCAAUGGGUUUAAUAGUCUAAUUUUUCCUUUUUCACACUUCGUGUCUGUCUGCUUAAGUAGGUAGAAAAUCUGAAGGUGAAAAAUAACAAACAGGUUGGAAUUAUUUUCAAUCAGAGUAAAAUAGUUAAUAGUUUUUUCUUUUUGCCCUCUGUUUUCAUAUUUUCGUUAUACCAAGAUACUAUAAAGUGUAAACCGAUUCUCAUUCCAAGAUUUUCACCUUCCCACUUUCAACCAAGCAAACCUUCAAUAACAAGGUAGAUUGAUACGAUACGUCUUUUGUUCAAUUUCAAUAGCUGUGAGCCAUCCAUGCAUCUGACUUGGCUGAGAGAAAAAAAAGAGUGGGUAGCAUCAUUUCGGUGCUUAGGUAUACUCGGAUAUACGAACUCAUGUUUGAUCUCCCAGUAAAGAAUUAAAAGCCGUAGCGGUAGAUAUUAUAUAUUGACUUCAGAUCAGCUAAUCAAAUUAGAUCGGUUGGAUGAAGAUCGAAUGGAUCAGAUUUUGAGUGUUGGUUUUAAAUUUGAUUUACUGCAAUUGGGAGCUUAGCUGUCCAAUCUUAAUCCAAUAGCUCUGAUUUGCUUACUUCGGUGGCUGCAUACUCUAUCCUUGGAUUUGAAAAUAUAUUUUGUUUCGAAGCUUCUUGUUAUCUGAUACAAACCUAAUCCAAGUUUUUGUGAACCUGGAGUUUGUGCAAGGUGUAUUGCUCUACAGCAAUGGAAUUUUUUUGGCUUUGGGCUUGUCUCAUAAAUAGGUGUUUUUGAGCGUUUUCUUAAAAAAUUGCAUGUAUCUAUUAUCUGAAAACAUAAAACAUAUUUAAUAUUUUCAUUAAGAAGAUUUGUAGGAAUAAAAAGAAUCAUGUACGAUUAUUCUGAAUUAUUCCUAAGGACAUUAGUGAGACUUCAACAUAAUAACUAGAGUAUAAGAACAAGAUCAGAGGACAUGGUGCUGAAGUCAGCGAGAGUGAAGUCACCAACACAGAAAAUAGGUUAUCCACAGUAGGAGAGCUCAUUCAAUGUCAGGUUUUUCUUGAAGCCUGGAGAAGACUGGUUUCGAAGUUUCAAGUAACGGUAUCUGAGUUUCAAUAUGUUUGCGUCGUUACUAACUUGGGAAUUACGAAUUUGGGAUUCGGGGACAAAUUGAUUUAGGUGUGCCUCUGUUAGUGUAGCUAUUUUGGGACCUAAAUCACUUGAUGCUUGAAUGUUUAUGCUGUCGUAGUCGAUAUAUAAGGCUCAAGUCACAUCAAGUCUGAAAAAUUAAGAAAUAGCUUGAUUCGAGAUUUUUGUUUCGUUGUUUAAUUUUUUACUAUUAAAUAUGAAAAUGUUACUUUGUU